ACUCAUCUUCCUGUCUUAACUGGUUAGAGAAGACGCUCAUUCUCUGUUAAACAAAAGUGAAAACGUGAACUUUUCCUCCUUACAAUGCACAUCAUUUUAUUAACUGUUGAAUGAAAUCUGCCGGCACUCUAUUUACAAAACGAACCCACACAAAGCCCAGCUCACACCACGCAUCUGUCAUGAACUUGACUCUCUUACAGCUGUUCUAAUGACAGCUGACAUGCACAGUUACCCGACAGCCUCUUUUUUUUUUUUUUUUUUUACAGUAGGUUUAUCUUUUGUUUAUGCUUUUGUGGGUUUUUCUCACUUAACCAGAAAAGCCACAAGACAAACCUGUUUCCUACAUUUUUACACACUAUCACUGCCUCAUUCAUGAAGCACGAGUGGAAUGAAUAAAAUCGUAUGUAAUUGUUGGAUUUAAUUGACUGAAAGAAUAGUUUUACAAUCUAUACACGGUGUGAUUGAUAUCUGGUAUCUGAUAUCUAUAAACAGUUUUUACACAUACUAUAUUGUUUGACUCAUGUAUUAAUAUUAGACUAGUCAAAAUCACAAUUUCCUCUUUUUUUUUUAACAGACAAACUAAAUGUUUUCUAAUUUACUCAUCUGCACCCCCUAGUCAUUCAUUCUUGUUUACGAGUGAAAAGAAGAACUUGGCAGAACGCAUUGCAGCCAUUUUCCAUGCAGAGUGUGUGUGUGUGUGUGUUCUUCAGAAAGGGGAUUGUGGAAAGGCUGCGUACUUUUUUUCCCCUCUUUUAAACCAAUCAGCAUUGCUUUGGUAUGAGUCACUCCCACACCCUACCCUUAUAUGACAAAGAGAGGAGGGGCUGUUUCUCAGACCAGACAGUGAAAUGGUGGCUGCUUGUAUAAAAACAGCAGCAGCACCAUUAGGAACUGAGCAGCUACAGACACAUUUACAGAAUCAGCCAAGACUGAAAGCCUAGAAAAACCAAAGUCCAAGAAUCAGACCCAUCUAUGGCAGAAAAACAGCAGAUCAUAGUGACUGCGGCCAAAGUGCUGUGCCAUGUGGAGAAAAUCUCCUCCUUUGCCUCCAGCAUAAAUCCUCUCUUUGGGAUUGUGACUUCAGUGGUCGGGGUGGUCAAGAAAGGCCUCGUGGAUAAGAAGGAACAAGAGCCGGACAAGGACUUAAAACAGAUCCGUGAAAAGCUGGAAACCAUCUCAGAGAAGAACAAGCAGACCCUGCGGCAGAUCCGCAUUGAAGAAAUCAAUGAGACUUAUGGUAAACACGAGGAAGUCAUCAAGCAUCAGUACAACGCUUUCAACACUAUGGUUGAAAAAGUAAAACUGCACCCUGAGAACUCAAAUAAUCACAUGGAGGAGUUUGUGAAGAUCUACGAGAAUGAUCAGAUGGAUCUGAGCUUAGAUACGUAUUACCGCGGAGUGUCGAGUGGCGCUCUGUUUGGGAAGAACAUCCUGCAGGUUUACCUGGAGAACUGCCAAAAAAACAAAAAGGUGAUGGAAGCACGCUGCUCUCACAUCGCCCACCUGUUCUACAUCGGUCUGAUGACACUGAUGGCCUACUACGCCGUCAGUGAAGAUGACGAGGAUGAAGUGAGAGUCAAAUGGGCCAAGAGGGUCAUUGAAAUUCAAGACAAGAUGCAAGAAGUUCUGGACCAAUGCAUUGAGGAAUACUGAAGUGGAAACAUUGCAUUGAACGAUUGCUGAGACAAUCCAUUUAAUUUGCUGAAAGCUUAAGGGUCGUAAGUAAUCUUGAAUUAGGAAGUUUAAAUAAAUCAUGUGGGGUGUAAAUUGGGUGAAUCUUUUCCUGCUUGCCAAUGGACUUUUCAAUGCAAUACUAAAGUAGGGCAAAUUUCUUAACACUGUAUAUCGCAUGUUAUUAAGCAUGUUUUGGUCAUUACUGUGACUGAAUAUAUUGUAAAACAAAUCCAAUAUCAUAUGAGCCUUUGAUGUGAGUUACAUGUUAUGAAUUAUUAUAUAAUUGUUUGCUUAUGUUUUGUGAAAUAUCUCUGAUUCUUUGAACAAUAAAUGAAAUUAUUUUUUUCCUCUUGUA